AUGUCAGUGUUUUUCAAGUAUUUGCCUCUUAUUCGGGACCCUCGGGAGCGCCUCCAACUCAUAGAAUCAGCCAGGGAGAUGUGCAUCCAAAUUUAUGUGAAUCUGGGAGGUGACAGGAUGAUUCAUCCAGAUUUAGUCGAACCUCGGGCCCGGGUAUUAUUAUGGCUCGAGUUGCUGGAUAUAGAACGACACGUCAACCUAGGAAUGUUACCCUAUGUGGGUGAGAAUUGCAAUUGCCCGGUGUGCCAACGAGCACCCCCAGCGGAACCCCAACCCACGGAAAACCAGCCACCCGCUUCCAUUCCCCAAGCCGCUCCAUCGCCUAGAAACGUAGGAUCCCGCAAUCCUAUACCUGAGUACGAAGAAAUAGCGGAAGUAGUACCGCAACCAUCUCCACCUCUGCUUUCCAGAAAAACGUUUGUCGCCCCAUCUAGAAGACAAACCCGCUCCAACUCCGUUUUAACCCCUUCCGCCUUCAGAAUCCGUCCCGCAACGGUAAUACCGACGGUGACCCUCGGGCCAAUAAACCCAUAUCGAAGAUCUCUGGCAAGGGCACCCACCCCUACGCCCAGAUUCAGUGUUGUCCGGCGUGAAGGCCUUAGAAUGCAGCUUAGCAGAGAAGCGACGGAACAGUCAAAGAACCCUACACACUCGGUCCAUACGACGCAAAGAAGCAGCUCCAUAAGCCACGACAACCCAGCCAAGAGGAAACAUCUAGAAACAUUAACUGAUACGGAGCAAGAGACAUACAAAAGAAGAGAAUCAACCGAAUUCUCUGCCCUCAGAGAAGCCCUAGACUUGAUAUCAAGUCUGAGCGCAGAACUAGAUGGAAACAUCGAGCAAAAUACCACACGCAAUAUCAAAGAAAUUGCGAAAAAACUCAAUAAACAGUAUUCAGGUGAAGCGGCCAAUUACGGUUUGCCGGAAUACACUUUGCUUGUGGCCUAUGACGAAUCAAGGGGUACAGCCGGUCCAGUAGCAGCAAUGGUAGUAAAUCUAAGCCAAUCCGCGUCUCCUCCUUCAGACUACUUCACAAAGGUAGAUGGAGAACCUGAAACUUUUGCUGAUUUCAUAAUGACGGCGUGCAAAGAAUUUCGGGGAAAAAAUAAGGCGAUUCCCGGGGCAAUGAUUAUUUUAUAUAGGCAAGUUGGCAACAUCAAAGAACAUGAGGUGGAUGUUGGAUGCCCAAGAAGCUUGAGAACUUACGCAAAGAAUGAGGAGAAAAAGAAGAUUAAAAGCGGUAGUGCCGGCGGUAAAGUAGUGAAAUGGUUUGCUUUUGACGCGAUAUCGUUUAUUCCCACUCAAGAUACCCCGAAUACCGGAUUGGACAGUGAAAAUGCAACACAGAUGAGUAUCUUUAUUAUUGUAUCAUUGACUGAUAAUAAUGAAUUGAAAAAAGCAAAAGGUAUCAAGAAAUCCGUAGUCGAAAAACACAUUCACCUGGAAGAUUAUCGCAAAGUUGUCGAGAGUGGUGGUUUAAUAUUUCGAAAAAUGAAAACUUUCCGAAGUGAGCGGCACGAUGUUUAUACAGAAAUAUUGAACAAGGUCGCUCUUUCCCACUAUGAUGAUAAACGCUUUAUAAUACCAAAUUCGAUAAAAACUCUACCUUGGGGUCAUACAGAUAUUAUAUUUCAUAAGACGGAACCGGAACAGAUUCAACAGAUUUUAACCAGUAUGUGUGAAGAAGGUUUAUCAGAUCAAAACAAUCCAGAAAAUGUAUUAAUCGAACCAGAUAAUAUAGAAAAUAUGUUAAGAAUGUGUGAAGAGCUUUUGUCGAAGGAUGAUUGA